AUGGAGGCGAGGCCUCGGCCUUCCGGCGUGCGGAGGGUGACCGCCAAGAAGCGGCCGAGGCCGGAUGCGUCCUCCAACAGCGCGCGGAAGCUGCAGCGCCGGGAGAUUGCCGCAUUCCCCGAGCGCACCUUCGCCGCCAGCACCACGCGGGAGCGGUUCCGCAACAUCCAGCUCCAGGAAGAAUUUGAUACAUAUGAUCCUAAGGAGAACAGUUCGCUACUACCUUACUUGAGGAAGCGGUCUGAAAUUAUUGAGAUAGUUGGAGCCCGUGAUAUUAUCUUUGCUUUAUCACAGCUGGGAGUAUGUGCUGCAUUCAGUAGAGUGACAAACCAGCGGAUUUGCUUUCUGAAUGGAAGUCCAGAUGAAGUCAUCCGUAGUUUGUUUUAUAACAAGAACAAUGACUCGCUUAUAACCGUAUCAGUUUAUGGUUCUGAAAAUUUCAGUGCUUUAAGAUGCAGGACAACUCGAAUCGAGUAUAUACGCCGUGGAAAGCCAGAUGCUGGUUUCCCUCUUUUUGAGACAGAAUCGUUGAGGUGGCCAGGUUUUGUGGAGUUUGAUGAUGUAAACGGAAAGGUGCUGACGUACUCUGCUCAAGACAGUACUUACAAGGUGUUUGACUUGAAGAACUACACACUUCUGUACACGAUAUCUGAUAAAGAUGUUCAAGAGAUAAAAAUCAGCCCUGGUAUAAUGCUAUUGAUAUACUCAAGAAAAAAGGGCUACAUUCCUCUUGAGAUUCUUUCUAUUGAAGAUGGUAAGCGCUUGAAGUCAUUCAGGCAUCUUCUUCACCGCAACAAGAAGAUUGAUUUCAUUGAGCAAUUCAAUGAAAAACUUCUAGUCAAGCAGGACGGGGAGAACCUUCAAAUUCUUGAUGUAACAAACUCUAAGAUAACAGAAGUGAGCAGCAAUGAGUUUGUGACUCCAUCAGCUUUUAUUUUUCUGUACGAGAUGCAGCUGUUCCUGACCUUCCGUAAUCGGUCGGUAUCAGUUUGGAAUUUCCGUGGUGAACUGGUGACAUCCUUUGAGGAUCAUUUGUUGUGGCAUCCUGAUUGCAAUACAAACAGUAUUUACAUAACUAGCAACCAAGACCUCAUUAUCUCUUACUGCAAAGCUGAACCGGAUGAUCCAUCUUCAGAGGACAAUGAUAAAGGCAGGGAACCUGUGCAAACAGAAGUCGUCGAAGUUCCUGUGUACGCCUCUGGAGGCCCUCGGCGACAUCACAUCUCUGUACUACGACGAAGAGCGCGAGGAGAUCAUCACCGGCAACCAUCAAGGCCUCAUCCAUGUGUGGUCAAAUUAACAGCUUGGUCCAGUGCAGGCAGGUUACAUCAGGCACCAGGGGAUCCUCGUUAG